AUUCUACACAAUUUUUCACUACAUAUCUACGAUUUCAUACAACAAAUCCUUAUCAGAUGUUGUUGAUAUUAGUUUACAAUAUUUGAAUAUUUUGUUUGUGUUGCAUGGAGAAAAUUAAUUACAUGAAAGCUGUCGAUUUAAAACUAAUUCGAAAAUAGCAGAAAACUGAAUAAAUUUUUUACUUUUCUUCUGUUGUUAUUUUACAAGAACAAGAACAUAUGUCAAUACAGAAAACCACUCCUUUUACGCCAUCAUGCUACUGUUGCGAAGAAACAUUCAUAAACGUUGCUUUGUCACGAAGGGGUACUAAUAAACGUCUUUUUGUCCAACUACCUCUAUACAAAAACGCAAAGGAAUGAAGUGACGAAAAUGUGUGGAACAAGUACAUUCAGCUUAGCGCUAUUAUAAAAAGACACCGUGUAAGCGUUAACAAAUUCCUUCGUAAUUUGGAAAUAUCGUAUCCUAAGAAGUUUGUGGAUGGUACAUUUAAUCUGCAAAUGUGAUCCCUGUCACUCUGGUAAAAAAAAAUAUAUUCUUCCAACUGAUUAUUUUGGCACGGGGAUUUCUUUUAACUCAAUCGGCGUCAGAAAAUACAACAGUAUAUAUUGUAUACAAGACAUGCAAGACAUACAAGACAUACAAGACCUCGAAUGCAGCAAUCAUAAGAUCUCGUUUACCUCACAAUAUUUAUUUUUUGUUUUUAUGAUGACGACGAUGAUUGCGAUGGGGUGGCAGAGCAAAAUAAUCGAUUUAAAAUAAACUACAUCCUAAUUACUAACUUUUUAUAGCUAAUAGAAAUUUGGAAAAAAAAAAUGAAAAUGUUGAUGGGUUUCAAGUUAUAUCAGGAAAAGUAUAAAAAAAAAGUCACCAUCGGGAGAAUAUUAUUCCAGCCAGAAAUUGAAAAUUGUAAUUCAGAAUCAACUACGCAUUACUGUAAACCUACACCAGCCAGAAUAAUGACGGUUUCAUGUAUUUAUAGAUGUUAACUGUUAUCUUAGAAAAACAUUAAUGACAUCUAAAGAACAUUUUGAAAUAAAAAUUAAACCAGUUUAUAAACUUCCAUACUUGUAAUAAAAUAAUGUGAUAAAAAGGGCAGUAUUCCUUCUUUCAUCAUGUGUUUUAUUCUUACAUAAAGAGGCAUUAUUUUUUGUCUGAAUUUCAUGUGAUUUGAUAAAAACAUGACUUUCAUAAUCUACCACAUAUCUCUAGUUAGUCCCCCCCAAUCAAGUAUAUUUUUGAAUCCUUAGGGAAAAACAUUUUUGGCGACACAAGCACAUAAAAUCUACCCGACUUUAAAACACUUAUCAAAUAUUUAACACGUUAUCCUAUAGUGAUCGUGCGUUCAUUGUAUAGGCCGGUCGAGAGACACACUCUAUUGAUACGGUUCACCAAAUAUUCUGUUAAUGACAUCUCAUGAGUAUCGUGUUAAUGGUUAAUAAUGUAAAUAAAUGUUAAUAUUGGUCGCUCCCCUUCAAAUACGUAUCCGUAUCCGUAUACUUAUGCGUAUACGUUUACCUCUUAUUGUUAGUAUCCCUUAUUGUUAUUGUAAGUACCUCUAAUGGGAUGUAAUGAAGUUGUGUCUGUUGUCACUGAAGUAAAUAACGAACGGGUAUCAUUUACUCUGUCAGGAACCUCGCUCUGUAGGCAGGAUUGUAUUGUGUUGUGAAACGUCAAUAUUGCAACUAUCGACUAGGCGUGAUACAGUAGCAACAUGUUCCGGCUGUCCACAACCAAACUGAAGGUCUUCAUUGCCUUGAUGAUCAUUCUACUGGUGUUACGAUACUUCAAUUCCAUUGAUUUGCAACAAUAUUCGUACACCGGACAAUUGACGAACGAUGCCAGACACAAUAUAACUGGAUAUCAAAGCAGGGAUGUCUUAAAACCGGUGGACAUUCUACGAAAGAUACCAGAAUAUAUGGAGAUAACUAAAUUAGAUAACCUUCAAGCCGUUGCUUACGCAAAAAACUCUAACAUUGAAAUAAGAAACAAUAAAGUUCAAUAUCACAUCGGCGAUACAAUAGAAAUCUACGUUGAGCUUCGUGACUCACGCAAUGAGGCUAUCACCAAAGGUGGAAAUGUUCUACGAAUAUGGAUGACAGAAGAAUCAUUGCAUGCCAGUGCUGGAGGUCAUGUAAUCGACUUCAACAACGGUUUAUAUCUGGCAAUCGUCAAGGCCCUCUGGGUCGGUUCCCCGAAGAUCACAGUCGCAAUCGGUUGUACAAAAAAGCACAUAGGAAUAUAUCUCAAUUUUCUUGAGAAACAUGGAACAUUUUUCAAUGUAAUUGGAAUAUUUGAGAAAGAAGAUCACCCUGGCAACGCUGAAACACAAUGUGCGUCAAUCCCUAAUUCGAAAUUUUUCGAGAGAAAUGUCUGUGACUUUACAGCCGAAAAUUACAACAUGUCUUUCUAUUGUGAAAAACCCGUGGGAUAUGAGUGCAGAGAUUGGACAAAAUUCCGGCACCAUGCCGAUACACCUCCUUUAGAUGAAGACACAGCUGUCUUCUUUAGAACGAAUCUCUAUCCAAAAAUACAAGACGUCACAGUCAAAAUUGAAGAAGACGCUCUCAGUCGUCGUAAAGUCUCAUCACCAGUCAAGUCCUGCAGCGAUUUCCAAGCAGCUAAAACAUGGAACCGAAGUGUACCGGUUGGAUAUAUGUACGACAACAAAUGGAUCUCACUUCAGUGUUCCAUUGACUUUCCAAGAACUACACAGGCCUAUACAAAAUGCCUUACAAAAAUACCACUUAUAUUUAUUGGCGAUUCUACAACAAGAAUCUUUUUUGUAAAUGUGAUGAACUUCCUUAGCCUCAAGCUGGAUACUCCUGAAGUGAAAAAUAUGAAUGAGAAAUCAUGGCAAAGGCCCGUGCGUGCCUCGUCCCCUGACGGCGAGAUAAGUGUUGAGUGGAUGCCUCAUGAACAUCCAUUCGCAAGUUCAGGAUUUAGAAGAAAUUUACGUUCUGUAUCCGCUCGUCUUAGCGAAAUAGGAAGCAACCGUGAUGUAAUAAUUUUAAUACAUUGGUACCUUCACCCUGCUAGAUAUCUCAGUCCUGAGCUUUACCGGCUUCACGUGAAGAAUGCAGUGGAAGCCAUUAAAAGUCUAUUACAGCGUUCACCGAAUGCCAAGAUAUUAGUUAAAGGUCCACAUUCGCACACGUACCCACAUUCACUUGUUCCAUAUGACUUUGUGGCAAAGUUCAUGGAGCAAGUAAUUUACGAAGAAUUUAAGGACAUACAUAAUUCAGUAUAUUACGUAGAUUACUGGGACAUGACACUAGGAAACCAAAACGUGAACGCCCACCCAACAGACAGUGUGAACAGCAUAAUGAUUAACAACUUUAUGUCAUUUGUGUGCCAUAAUUGAGAAAAUCAAUUUUCAUAACGAGUUUGAUCUCAACUGCCAGGUGAUUGUUCGUAAUCCGUGCAAUGACGCUAUACAUUAUAAACGGUACAGUUGACGAGCGUCAUCAGUUUGAUGAAAUGGUAUGAUGCCGUUCGACUGAUACAUGUGAAAUGUAUAUACUUGAUAACCAAACCUUGCUAAUAGUGUAUACCACAGACUAACAUCCCCGAUUCAGCAAUACUGUAUAAUACCAC